AUGAAGCACGCCGGCGACUUCCACGUGGACGUGGCAAACGGCACGGCCCGGGCCAUCGCGGCCGUGGCCGGCGACGGCAAGCUGCUGAGGCUUCCGAUCCGAGAGACGGGCAAGUUCUCUCUCGGCGGUGGAUAUAAUUUCGACGAUACGGUAUCUUUGCAGCACUUGGACGGCCACUGCCUGGCCGCGAACAGCGAUGGCGGCCUCUCCUUGGCGAGCUGCGAUGCGAAGGACAUGACACCCCGGGCGCGAUCUUCACUCCGAUCAUCGUUCUUGAUGAGGGUACCGUUGCCUUCAAGUCGGCGCACGGACGCUACAUCACUGUGA